AUGUUGCCUGGUUACACUUCAUUCCAUAGCAGCUACCCCUGUUGUUUGGUCCCGGACUUUUUUAAACCUUAUCCAAUUGCCUCAGCUGCACCGACGGCGCAGAGGCCGCCGCCCAACUUUUCCAUAGACAGUAUCUUGGCCAGGGACUCGGCGCCAUCACAAUCUUCUGUGCCUGUGUCCGGAUCGUCUUCGGCGCUGUGGGCGCCGCUACAUUAUCAUUACUCUGCUGGAACAGACCUAUGUGGUUAUGCGGCGGGAGUGUUGUCUCCGUACCUGGGUCCCGGGUCGUCACCGGUGUUUUUGGGCGGCGGCGGCGCUCACCGGCGCAAGCGGCGGCAUCGCACCAUCUUCACGGAAGACCAACUGGAGCAGCUGGAAGCGGCAUUCGAGAAGACGCACUACCCGGAUGUGCUGCUCAGGGAGGAACUCGCCCUCAGGGUGGACCUCAAAGAGGAAAGGGUUGAGGUGUGGUUCAAGAAUCGGCGCGCAAAAUGGCGCAAACAGCAAAGAGAAGAACAAGAGCGUCAAAGGCGUCUUCAAGAAGACAGGCGGCACAGGCAUCAAGACGUAGAUGACGAAGGGGACGCCAGAAUGCACCAGGACCAACAUUCGGACUUAAUGUAA